GAGGCCCUCUGACAUAUGAGUCCUCUUUCCGCUGGAUGUCACUCAGGGGGCGGUCCACAAGCUCGAGAAAACCCCAAUCAAACUGUGCGUAUCAGUCACACCAGCGACCGCUGCCGACGGACUAGUACCAAAUACCCUGCACACACAUCCACGAGUUCCACAGCACAUAGUAACCCACUCACUGCAGUGACCAGUUCAGCAUCCGAUGCCUUUACCUCUACGGGCAAGGAGAAGAAGAAGUGUUUGCAUUUGCUGAGGAAAUUGGGGCGUUUUCUCAAGAUGCUGGAGAACGGCGGCAAGGUGCUGAAAGAGGGGCUUCUGGAGAAGCGAAGCGACGGUUUGCUGCAGCUGUGGAAGAAGAAGCACUGCGUCCUCACGGAGGACGGGGUUUUGCUUCACCCGCCGAAGCAGCACGACCACCCGCACCAUUACAACCACCACGGCGGCGGAGACACUGGCAAAGUCAAGGAGCUGCACUUCUCCAACAUGAAAACUGUGGACUGCGUCGAGAGGAAAGGGAAAUACAUCUACUUCACCGUGGUCAUGUCGGAGGGCAAGGAGAUCGAUUUCAGGUGUCCACAGGACGAGGGAUGGAACGCCGAGAUAACUUUGCAGAUGGUGCAAUACAAAAAUAGGCAGGCCAUCCUGGCGGUGAAGUCGACCAGACAGAAACAGCAGCUCCUCGUUGUUCAGCUCCCGGGACAGAAAAUUAUUCGGAGCUCACCAAACGUUGCGUGACCUGCGCCUCGGAUAUUCGACAUGCGGUUAAUUGGACAUUCAGAGGAGGGAUCUAUGGACUCCGGCUGCAUCUGCCCGGCCUCACAAAAGGAGCAUCACACCCUGCAGAAAACAUCUCUUAAUGGAACUGUUGUUCGGUCCCGACAGCAGCAGCAGCCUAUUUUUCAUUAGAGACUCUUUAUCUGAGAAAGAUGGACACUGAUGGACAAAGCUUAGGCCUCUGCUACAGCACGAGUGAAAACAGCUGUAUUCUAACGGGCGAUUCUCUGCCACCCCUUAUUUAUUAGAUUGUGUAUAUCUGUUUUGUCUUAACAGGGUCAUUGACUAAUGUACAGUGUGGUUGUUGCUGGAGUUGAAACUGAAAGCUAUGCUUGGAGAUUCCGUAGCACAGUAUAAUGGUUUGAUAUGGUUGGAAGUAAGCCUCAGUAUCUGUGAUCCAGGUGGGAUGGUUGAUUGUGUUACACCUUUAAGGAUGUACUAUAGUCCUUUCACUUCCAUUAUUUCUUAAGUUGUGAGUAGCACAUCCUGUUGUACAAACAUGCCAUGAUACACAUCCUCAUUCUUUUAUUGAGCCAAAGACUUAUACGCUAUAGUUACAUUUUCCUCCCAAGUGUAGUUGACUGUAAAAAUGACAGGAUGCUCCAAUGAUGAAGGAAAAGUUGACAAAUCUGUUAUUUGUUUGAUUUCUCCAUAAAUCUCACUUUUUGUGAUUAUCCUCGUGCCAGAUAUGGCGCCCAUGUUACAUUUGCAUUACAACUAUGGAAUACGGUUCGCCGUUAGGAAGCAACAUGUGUCAACGCUGCAUAUUCUUUUGGGAGUCUUAAAUCUGUACAGAUUAGAAACUGCAGUCCUGUUCAGUGGCAACUGAUAGAAAGGUAUCCUAGUGAGCAAAACUGGUUGAAAAUACAUCAUUUCAAUGGCAAAAAUGUCUGAAAGGACUUAUUUUCAACCAGGUUUGCCAAGAGCAGGUCAUUAGGCUGAAAAUGCAUCACCAUCUUUCCUGAGGAAGCUAUGCUGAGACUGUAGUUGCCCCCUCACACCACCCCCGGGUGUGUCAGUGUUGUCCUCACCUUAAUCUUCAUGUCCUUUUUUACAAAGUUACUGUUAUUCAGUUGGGUUCUUAUUUUGAUGUGAUAGCUAUUUUCAUACUUGUGAAAUAUACAUUCCAUUUCAAAUGAA